AUGGGAAUUUUGAAUGAAAGUGAAUUGAGUGACAUAUUAAAAAGCUUACCUUCUUAUUCUAUAUAUAAUGAAUUUGAGAAUGGUGAUAUUGAUUACAAUAAUGAAUGCAACAACUUGCUCUCCGAAAAUGGAGAUGUUAAAAAACUGUGUGAACGUUUGCUAUCAUAUAUAAAAAGAUCUCUUACUAAUAAAGGUGGAAAAUUUAGAAAAUAUAUUAAAUUAUAUAAUAAACAUUUAUUCGCUAACUCUGAUUUUGAUUUUAAUCUCUCUAAAGAAGAAAAACUUUUACAUGACUAUUUUUAUAAUUAUGAGAAUAUAAUUAAAUGUGAUCCAAAUUGUCACAUGUACAGUAAAUAUGUCGAUUAUAUUAAAGACAUAUAUUAUUCGCAUAGAGAUUAUUCUUUUUCCGUGGGAUGCAACUAUUUCAAAGUUGAUAAAAAAUACGAUCCAGAUGAUCUGUCAACUAAUUUAAGAGAUAAGGUUAUUGGAAAUAAUGAUAAGAAAGCAAUUUCCCAUUCCAAAAGUAUAACUAAAAAGCAUUUUGUUCCUAAUAAUACCAAUUCUAAUAUUAAUAUGAUAAUUAAAUAUAUGCAGUGCACUAAUGUUAUUAAUACAAACGAAGGUUUUGAGAUAAGAUGCUGUGAAGAUCCGGCCUAUAGAGAACACACAGAAAAAGGAAUAUUAAAAGAAAAUAUAAAUAAAAAAUCGAUUUCUCAUAUUUCUGCUUCAGAAUCUAUAAAAAAAAUAAAUAAUUUAAAAUGUAAUGUUGCUUAUGAUAUUAACGAUCCAAGUAAAACAUUUGCCCAUAAUUGUAAUAAAACAGAAGGUAGUUCAUCAUUAGUAAGCUCAAAUUUAGGAAAUCCUAUUAAUGAUGAAGGAGAAAAUAAGAUAAACACAGACAUGUUUUUAGACUCAAAUAUAUUCAUAGAUAAAUAUAUGGACUCUGAAAAUAUAAUUCCAGGUGUUAAGCUUAUGUCAUCAAGACGAGACAUGAGCUAUAUAACAACUUUGUUUCCUGGAAUUUCUGAUGAAGUGCGUGUGAAAUAUAAAGACGAUAGUGUGCCUAUAUGUAAAAUUUAUAAGGAACAUAGAGGUAAAAUACUUUGUAUAAAUACACCUAAACAUGGGGAAACUCAAAGUUACACUCCAUCAAGUAAUGACAUAGAAAUAAUAACUGCAAGAAAAAAUGAAAUAGGUGCUGUGUCUGCAUACAAUAAUGAUACAUUAGACACUUUAUUUACACGUAUAUUUAUAAUAAUUGCAUUAAUAAUUGGAAUAAUUUUAGCCCCUUUUUAUUUAUAUUAA